GCCUGCCUCCCGCAGGGAAUUAGCCAUAAGCACGUCUACCACGGUAGGGAUGCUCCGUAGCCCCUUUGACGGAAAUUCUCCUUCUUUUCAUUCCAGGAAUGUUGGUUUGACCUUGUUCGUGGUGGCUUCGGCCACCGUCCUCAAUUGUCGAACGCCGGGAAGCCACCGCAGGACAGCUCUGUAAAGCAACAGAGCCAAUUGCGCCAGGUUCUCGAAGCCAUGCAGGAUAGUUUUUUCGGUAAGGAUGGGCAUCAAAAUGAACAGCAAUGGAUUGGAUACAUCAGAGCUUCUCGGGCUGGAAUGGGGAGGAAUGUACGCCGGAUCAAUCUACGGCUCGAUCUCAAUCGUCAAUGAUCGACGGCGACACCAUUUCCCCAUGAUCAUGAUGCCUCACCUUUGCACGAAGGCGUUGAGUGAUAUGUCAAUUCUCAGUCAAUAGUGAUGCUGAAGAUUGCAUACUG